AUGUGCUGCCGCUUCUGUCACCGCUGGCAACCGCCCUGUGCACUGGGGCUGUUGCUGCUGCUGCUGCCGCCCCUUGAACGCUCCCUGGUAAACAAGCCCCUGGGGUUUGGCGGCGGGGGUGGGGGGGAUGCAACCACAGCGGGCCCAGGCCGCUGUGACACCAUAUACCAGGGCUUUGCCGAGUGUCUCAUCCGCUUGGGGGACGGCAUGGGCCGCGGAGGUGAGCUGGAGAGCGUCUGCAGGUCUUGGAAUGAUUUCCACACCUGUGCCUCGCGAGUCUUGUUGGGCUGCCCCGAGGAGGCCGCCGCCGUGUGGGAGUCACUACAGCAAGAAGCUCGCCGGGCCCCACACCCAGAUAACUUGCACACUCUGUGCGGCACCCCUGUGCGCCUUCAGGAGCGCGGGGUGGGCCCAGAGACCAACCAGGAGACGCUGCGGGCAACAGCGCCAGCACCCACUCUGGGCCCCGAGCCCCCUCUGCUGGCGGCUGCUCUGGCGCUCGCCUGCCUCCUGGGUCCUCUGGCCUAG